AUGCCUGUUCGGAAUCUCAUGCAGAUGGCAAGCUUUGCAACCUUUUCAUUUUUCAUGCCUAUGUGGGCCAUUGCCAGGUCGUCCGGUGACACAGCCGAUUCUGACAUGUGCAGUUCACAUGCUCAGAUAAGCAUGUUGCAGCUUGGCAGUAUGCUGACACAGCAACCGCAAAAUCAGUGCGGACACUUGCUGAUAGAUGCUUGCGACCCUCGUGCGAACUAUCGUUGCAGCAACAAUUGUCGGAUCCAUUCACAUGGUGCAGACUGCUUUCGCUCAGUCGUUGAUGUCAUGAACGAGCACCCUGGCACAGAUGGGUACUGUUGGUUCAAUGCCACAGCCUUCUGGGUCAUAUAUGCAGGUCCAGUGCCCCACUUUGAAGACGAAGCUGUAUCUGGAAUAGUGGGACUCCGUGAGCCAGACUAUAAGGGCCUGAACAAGGGACCUUUGUUGACCUAUUACUUCGAAGGCCAGGUGAUCACGUCGUACAUGGACAGUGCCCACUACAGCUUCGAUGACUUGUAUGGAUAUGCACUUGGCUUCCUCCAGGGACAGGGAUUGGAUCCGGCUUGGAUGAAAGAUCCGAGUCGUUGGAUGUCCCUGUCCCAGCAAGCCUGCGACAGGAUCCAGCAAUCAUACAACUUCAGCAACGAGGAGUUGGUGUUGGCGGACUGGCUAGAUUACAACCAGAUCCUGGCAUCGAUGGCAUUCUGCAGUGCUGGUGUCAUCUACAACAUCACUGACCAGUCCUUGCUGGCCAGUUCGCGCGGUUCCCCAAGCUGCAGAAACAUCACUCGCAGAGACAUGGCCAAGCACCACUACGUGAAGUGUGUCCUGGGUCACCGGAAUUCGGCUGGUGACAUGGCAUAUUUGAACAGCCGUGCUUGCUUGUUGGAGGGGAAUCGCAUUGGACAUUUCAGUGAAUGUCCGUACUCACCACCAGGUGUAGACUUCUGA